GAAACAUGUCUGAGUUUUGGCUUAUUUCGGCCCCUGGCGAUAAGGAAAACUUACAAGCUCUGGAGAGGAUGAACAGUGUAACCUCAAAGUCCAACCUGUCCCACAACACCAAGUUUGCCAUCCCUGACUUCAAGGUUGGGACCUUGGAUUCCCUUGUUGGUCUCUCUGAUGAGUUGGGGAAACUCGAUACCUUUGCUGAAAGCCUCAUAAAGAGAAUGGCGCAGAGCGUGGUGGAGGUCAUGGAAGACUCCAAGGGCAAAGUCCAUGAGAACCUCCUGGCUAAUGGAGUUGACUUGACAUCCUUUGUGACGCACUUCGAGUGGGACAUGGCCAAAUAUCCUGCCAAGCAGCCACUGGUGAGCGUGGUGGACACACUGGCCAAGCAACUGGCACAAAUCGAGACAGAUCUGAAGUCCCGCACGGCCGCAUACAGUGUUCUGAAGGCCAACCUGGAGAACUUGGAGAAGAAGUCCACGGGGAACCUCUUCACUCGGACACUGAGCGAUAUCGUCAGCAAAGAAGACUUCGUACUUGAUUCAGAAUAUCUCAUAACCCUUCUGGUCAUCGUCCCCAAGUCAAGCUAUGCACAAUGGCAGAAGACAUAUGAAUCCCUAUCAGACAUGGUCGUCCCACGGUCAACCAAACUGAUCGCCGAGGACAACGAGGCUGGCCUCUUCACCGUGACCCUCUUCCGCAAAGUGACUGAAGAUUUCAAAGUUAAAGCAAAAGAAAACAAGUUCAUUGUCCGGGAAUUUUACUAUGAUGAAAAAGAAAUUAAAAGAGAAAGAGAGGAGAUGACCAGGUUGCUGUCUGAUAAGAAACAACAGUAUCAAACAUCCUGUGUUGCUCUUAAAAAGGGAUCAGCCACCUACCGGGACCACAAGGUUAAGGUAACCCCGCUAGGUAACCCCGCUAGGCCCGCUGCGGGGCAGACCGACAGAGACAGAGAGAGUGAGGGCGAGGGCGAGGGACCUCUGCUGCGCUGGCUCAAGGUGAACUUCAGUGAGGCCUUUAUUGCCUGGAUCCACAUAAAGGCUCUGCGAGUGUUUGUGGAGUCUGUGCUCAGGUAUGGGCUUCCAGUAAACUUCCAGGCUGUGCUUCUACAGCCCCAGAAAAAGUCAGCUACCAAACGCCUGAGAGAGGUGCUCAAUUCAGUCUUCCGGCACCUGGAUGAGGUUGCUGCAGCAAGCAUACUGGAUGCCUCUGUGGAAAUCCCUGGACUGCAGCUCAGUAACCAGGACUAUUUCCCGUACGUGUACUUCCACAUCGACCUCAGCCUCCUGGACUAGGUGGCCAGCCUGUGUCACUGCAGCCUACCUUGCUCACAGCCAGACGACCAAGUCCUGCAGGAUCCUGACUCACGAAAAACUCAAAGACGUUAGUUAGAGUGUAUUUAUUUUUUUAAGUUACAAUAAAAUGCUCAGUUCUGAGGC